GAACAAAGCGAGAGUGAGAGAAAGUGAAAGGGAAAGUGAGGGCGUGAAGGUGAGGGCGUGAGUGAGGUAAUGGAAGGGGGAAGGGGGGGUGGAAAGGGGGGGGGGCGGGGUUUAAAGGGCGGGGUGUGAGCUUGGGCGUUUCAGUUUGGCGUGAGCCGUGACAGAGGGUAGAGGUAGUGUCGCUGCGCACCGGGCCGUCACACCCCUUUCUCUCCCCUUCCUUAGUGACCCCCCCUUGUUCUCUCCAGGGGGGCGUUCGGGGGCUCUCCUCCCCCCUCCUUCACGAGCCUCCCCCUCCCCCUCUCUGGAUAUCUCCCCCGGGGCGUCUCUCCUCCUCCCUCCAGCACCUACGGGAAGAAGUUGUUUUCUCUGUUUCUUCGUCUCUUUUCCAUGGCCCUGGCCCGCCCCAGCCUCAGCAGCAGCAGCCCCAGCAGCAGCAGCAGUAGCAGCAGCAGCAGCAGCAACAGCAGCCGCCAGGUGCCCGCCGCCCCCGCCCCCCCACACGCCGCCGCUAGCGCGUGACCGCCCCGCUGCCCAGCCCGCAGCGCCCCGCCCCGAGGGGCCGCCAUGUGACUGUGCCGCAGGGAGUGUCUGUGUGUCAGUGACCGUGUGUGCCCCCGAUGUGUGUCCCCGCAUGAGUGUGCGUGGUGGUGGUUGGAGGGGGCGCGGCGCCCCCCGCCCCAUGUGGCGGCGGUGGUAGCCCUGGCCCGGGGCCCCCGCCGCCCAGCGGGGACAUGGACGCCGCGGCCUGGCGGGGCAUGAGGGACGCCUUCCUGCGGCUGUGGGCGCGGCGCGGCGACCCCCGCCACCACGCCCCCCACGACAAGUACGACGCCCACUCCUCCACCUCGGGGGAAACGGCGACGCCCGGCGGCGGCGGCGGCAGCGGCGGCGGCGGCGGGGGCGAAGGCGUGGCCACGGUGACGCUUGCCCUGGAGGGUGAGGGCGGCGAGGCUGAGGCCGAGGUGGGAGUGGAGGGAGGUGGCGAGGGCGGCGAGGGCGAGGGCGGCGAGGGCGAGGAGGGCGUGUGCCUGGCGCAGGACAACCUCGACAACCUGAUCCGCAACCGCGGCUACCACGUGCGGGAACACGUGCCGCGCCGCGUGCUGGAGCACCAGGUCAUGGCCAACAUCCGCCGCAGGGAGCGCAUCGCCCGCAUCCUGCGCGAGGAAGAGGCCAGCCUGGCGCCGCCCCUCACACCGCCCCCCGCGGCCCCUGCCCCCGCCGCGGCCCCCGCCAGGCACGCGCCGGACAGGACCCAGAUGAUCUCCCUGCUGACCAAGGUGUGGUCGGGGCGUGGGGCACAGGUGCAGGAGCGGGGCACGGGCGAGGUGGAGUGGGCACGCAGCCAGUUCGUCUUGGAGUGCGUCAGUGAACACAACAGACUCCGGGCACUCCACUCCGCCCCGCCGCUGGUCCUCUCCGAACAGCUCUGCCUGGACGCACAGUCUUGGGCCAACCGCCUGGCGCACUUCGGCAUCCUGGAGUACAGCAGCGAGCACGGCCGCGGAGAGAACAUCCUCACCUCCACCACCAAGGACAUACUUUCAGGCACGGCGGUGGUGGGGGCGUGGUACGAGACGGGACGCAACUUCAAAUACGACGUGCCGGAGCAAGCUGACCUCAGCCAGGCAGGUCCAUUCUCGCAGUUGGUGUGGGAGUCGACGCGGGCGGUGGGCAUCGGCGUGGCGCGAGGGUCGGAUGGGCGCACAGUGGUGGUAGCGCGGUACUGGCCGCCAGGCAACCUGGGCGGGGAGUUCGCCAGCAACGUGAAGCCGCCGCUGGGCGAGGUGCGAGACCGCACGCCGCAAGGCACGCCCACGCUGUCGCGCACGCGGCAGGAGGCCAAGUUCUACGUGAGCACGGCGCUGGAGCCGCCGGGCAAGGCCAAGCGAAACGACCGAGACUGGCUGGCGGCGGCCCUGCGACUGCCCUCCAUCAUGAAGGCGGCGAGCAGCGGCAGCGGCGGCAGCGAGGGACGGGGCGGCGGCCCGGCGGGGACCCACACCAUGGUGAGCGGUGGCGCGGCGCCCAAGCUGGCCGCCACGUUGGCAUCCUGCCGCAACGGCGCGGCGCGGACCUGCCGGCUGGUGCCCGUGUGCUGUGUGCCGCCCGCGCGGCGUGGCGACGACCGCUGGGCCAGGCCGAGCGGCCGCAGCACUCCGCGCCUCACACGCCACCAGCCCCAGGCGCUGCUGCCACCGCCGGCCGCCGCGCCAGAGUACUUGCCGCUACAAAUCACGCCGGAAACGCCGCGGCGGCCCCGCUCUGCGCUGCGCGCCUCUGCCUCCCGAAGAUGGGCGUGCAGGCCAAGAUGGCGGCGGGGGUCGCCUCCCCCCGCGUGCUGGGCUCCUCCAGGUUCGCGGGCUGCGCCUCGCCCCGAUGCGGCUCCCCGCACCGCGCCUCGCCGCGUCGCGCCGGCGUGUCGUCCCGUCGCAGCGCGCCCUCCCGCCUGCGUGCCGGCGUGGCCGUCGCCGUGGCAACACUCUAGUGCUCAACGGCCCGCCGCCCUGCACGGGCGUGGCGGGCAGUGUACAGGUGCGGCCCGCAACGUGCCUGCGUACAGGCGGGGCGGGUACUGAGCCCUGCCCGUGCGGGCCACAAGUUCGGUGUGUACAGGUGCAGGCGU